AUGUCGUUCCUUCCAUCUCUCGUCCUGCUCACCCUCCUGCAACUCGUCGCAGCCCAGUACUGCUCCUUCUGGAAUACCGGCUGUAUCGACUCGCUCGCCCAAACCGCCGUCCGCUUCGAUCUGAGCCCGCUCUUCACCGAUCCCGUCUCGCUCUACUACAGUUUCGAUGCCAGCAUGUCCGGGAAGGGCGAGGGCCCUAUGACCAAGACAGCCUUCUGGCUCGGCUACCCGAGUAACAACGUGAAUAAAAACGCCGUCGACUCGAAUCGCACAUCCGAAAUCGGUCUGAGGAUCGGAAAUAUGACCGGCACCCCCUCCGGAGCCAACAACGGAUGUGAUGGGAUUUGGGGGUCGGAUUGCUCGCGGGAUUUCAAAGGGGCCUUGCAACGUAGCAUGUACCAUCUGGCAGUCUCCGGCGAGUAUUAUUCCAAGCCCCUGGAGGUGGCUCUCAACCAGAUGUUGCAGAAGCCACCCUCGCUGCCGUCGUGUCCACCCCCAAUCCUCGACGUGGCCUCUAUUCCUGUGCAAGAUUUCGCCAAAGAACAUGUCCCCGGUCGGAAUGUGACGCUGAUGCCACCUGGCUCGGGCGCAUGGCCAUGGCAGGUCUGGUACCUGGAUGGCAUGAAUGCCCACAAGCAGGCCUCCCAGGUGGCGGUUGGCAUCAUCAGUCGCGCUCCUUCAUAUAACAGUUCCCCGCCCGACAGCCCAGACGACAUCAUGGUCGAUCUUGUCUGUCUUCAGGCUCCGUCGGGUGGAUCAUCCAAGGGCUCUCAUGAUUAG